AUAAUCCGUUCAAAGUGUUGAAUGUGGUUUGAUGGAACCACAUGAGUCGGGGGAACGUGUUUUAUGUAGUUCUUCCUCUCUCCACUAAGCGCCUCCCUCAGCCUAAACUUCAGGAUGUUUUCAUCUUCAGUGGGUCUCAUGCAGGGUCUGCUCUCUGCAUAUGGCCCACCUUUAUUUCCUGGAAGUACAAGCUUGUUCCUUACCAUGUUCUUUUUGUUCCUCUCUUGCAUUUGUUGAGAAACUGACGCUCAUCUAACACAUUCAUGAACACAGCUUUACUAUUCUGUAGACUGCACACUGCUAUGCAAUAGAUAGGAUUCAAUUCCUCAGCAUUAUUUUAUAAAUCUAAGACUGUGUAUUAAGUGAUUAUUUGGGCCUAGUGUAAAAUAUUGACCAUGCAUUUAGCAGCACUGUACUGUUCUGCCAUCUUUUAUAACGCACUGUGUUUACUAAUUGUGUACCAGGCCACAUGUUGUGUUUUUACUAUGUUUUGUGUCUGACCAAACUAAUUGUACCUUUAGAGAUUAUCUCCUAACCUGUUAUGUUAACUAUCUUCUUUGUUUCAAACGUUACUCGACUGUUUUUCUCCUUACCUUUUAUUAUUUAUUUAACCAUUUCGCCGCUUGCUGAUUGGUCGAACGCGUCUCUAGCUCAGCGGCUGGCCAAUGACAGCGCAUGCUUGUUUGUGCGGUCGGUCCUCUCCGAUGUAUAAAAAGAAACAGGAACGCUGAUGCAGGAAGAAUAUGGAUCGAUGCCGAGAAUCAAGGCACCACCUGCACGACUAAAUCCACCACUGUUCAUGUGUUGCUCCUUCGACGGUGAACCCCAGGUCUUCAACGGACACAGUCACUCCGUGGUGAGAGACCCUCGCGAGUGUCCUCGGGUUUAAGGAUCUCAGGUUCCUUCUCCCUCAACUCGGACCAGGCCCCCUGUUGUUCAUCCCUCCCCCGGCUGCUAUGGCCCCCUCUCUGGCCACGGCCUUCUCGCGCCGCUGGUGGAUGGCGGUGACGGCGGUAGUGGAGAACCUGCUGUUCUCGGCAGUCCUGCUAGGCUGGGGCUCCCUGCUCAUCAUGCUUAAGUCGGAGGGCUUCUACUCCUACCUGUGCCGGGGACCCGGCAACGACUCCAGCUACAACCACUCUCAGGACCAAUCAGAGGUGGAGGAGGAGUUCCUGGCAAUGAAGGGCUGGCCCAUCUGCAAGCAGCAGGAUGAGAUGCUGAACCUGGCCUUCACAGUGGGCUCCUUCCUGCUUUCCUCCGCCAUCACCCUGCCUCUGGGCAUCGUCAUGGAAUAUGGGCCCAGGAAGCUAAGGCUGCUUGGCAGUGCCUGCUUUGCCUUCUCCUGCCUCCUCAUCGCCUAUGGAGCCAGUGACCCGACCAAUCUCUCCAUCCUCAUCUUCUUCGCCCUGGCAAUGAACGGUUUCGGGGGCAUGUGCAUGACCUUCACGUCGUUGACCCUGCCCAGCAUGUUCGGAGACCUGCGUUCCACCUUCAUCGCCCUGAUGAUUGGCUCCUACGCCUCCUCCGCUGUCACCUUCCCCGGCAUCAAGGUGAUCUACGACCUGGGGGCCACCUUCAUCACCAUCCUGCUGGUGUGGGCGUGCUGCGCCGGGCUGGUCUUCCUCAACUGCCUCCUGAACUGGCCCCUGGAGCCCUUCCCCGGCCCCGAGGACAUGGACUACACGGUGAAGAUCAAGUUCAGCUGGCUGGGCUUUGACCACAAGAUCACGGGCAAGCAGUUCUACCGUCAGGUGACCACGGUGGGCCGGCGCCUGAGUGUGGGCAACUCCAUGAAGCAGCACCACCACAGUGGUCAGCAGCCCCGGGACCUGGGCUCGCAGGAGGCCAGCAAACUCUGCCUCUCCACUGUCGACCUGGAGGUCAAGGGCCAGGCUAAGGAGGAGACUCAGUCCUUCAUGAAGAGUGUGUUGAGCCCAAUCUUCAUGCUCAGCCUCAUCACCAUGUGUGUGACACAGCUCCGUCUCAUCUUCUACAUGGGAGCGAUGAACACCAUCCUAGAGUCCCUCACCGAAGGAGACCUCAGCACAGUGAGUGUUUACACGUCUAUCUUCGGCGUGCUCCAGCUCCUGUGUCUCAUCACCUCCCCUGUCAUCGGCUACAUGAUGGACUGGAGGCUUAAAGACUGUGAGGAUGAGAGCGAUGCCAAGGCAAAGAGAGAGCCUGGGCAGGACCGGCGUCCUGAUAAGCAGAUUCAGAAGAUCACCAACGCAACGCGAGCGUUCAUCUUCACCAACCUGCUGCUGGUGGCCUUCGGCUUCACCUGUAUCGUCCCAAAUCUGCCCCUACAGAUUUUGUCUUUUAUUUUGCACACCGUCGUUAGAGGUUUCAUACACUCUGCAGUCGGGGGCCUCUAUGCAGCUGUCUACCCGUCUUCCCAGUUUGGCAGUCUGACGGGCAUGCAGUCUCUGAUCAGUGCUCUGUUCGCCCUGCUGCAGCAGCCUCUGUUCAUGGCCAUGGUGGGCCCCCUGGAGGGAGACCCCCUCUGGGUCAAUGUGGGGUUGCUGGGCCUGAGCCUGCUGGGGUUCUGCCUGCCCCUCUACCUGCUGUGCCACAGCCGCCACCUGACACGGCUCAGGGAGGAGCACGACGACGACCCCAAGGUCUACGCCCACAUCAGCAACGGCGAUGGCGGCGAUGCCGAUGGCAUUAAGCCUGAGGUCUUUGUCUAGUAAUCUCUCGCCCUCUAAGGUCGGAGAGAAGCCCUGUGGAGUUCGACAGGGCGUUUCCAGGAUAAAAAAAAUGAAUUGAAGCAGUUCUGCUGAAUGGAUGAGAGCAGAAGAGAGGGGAUGGGAGAGAGUACUACUCUCCAUUUUGUGUUCGUAUGCUCGUUCCUCUCGGCCUCUUUUUCCUUGUAUUGUCUGUGUAUUCAGCCCCACUAGUCUCUUCCGAGUCCCUAAAACACACACACACAACACUCACUUGCACCUCACGUGUACACAAAAACAUACACACACACUGGUCAGUAACACCACUCUACAGUGACACGAGAAGUUUGGCCCUCUGCUGUCUGCACUGACUUGACACACACACACACAUACACACACACGAAGACGGACACACAUUAAAGGCACAAACGCACAUCCGUUGAAGAAAACAGCAGGAUGUUUUAGACAUGGAGAGAUGUACCAUCCUAAAGUUGCCAGCACAUGCAAUGGGGGUAAUGUAUCUACCACUCACCAAACUUGGGCAUUUGUUUUGAAGGAGAGAGAAUAUAUAAUAAGAUAAACUGCUCACCAAAACAUCCCAUCCCUUCUCCCCCAGUGAGGUCCAUCGAUAACCACUGUUGAACAGCAGAUAUAAGGAUAGUAAGGAUAUAAUUACAAUGGUGUCGGCCAGGGCCGCUGCUGGCCGUUUCGGUGCCCUACGUGAGCGGGGGGGGGGGGGAAGCCCCUUUUUAUAUUUUAGGUAAAAA